AUGUAGCCUAUAAAAAGGCAGAUAUGCAGGAGAUUUAGUGUGUCCAUUGUUGGCCUCACAUCUCAAUAGUUGGCGGUGACUUGAUUGAUAAGAAAAUCCAAACAUGUCAAAAGCUCUUUCCAUGCUGUGUUUCAUCGUUUUGUUGACUAUAGAAUUUAGUCAACAGGGUACCAUUGCCUGUUCAUUUGGCUGGAAUGAAUUUGAUGGUCGAUGCUUCAAGUAUGUUGCUACAGCUAUGACCUGGGCAGAUGCUGAGGCACAUUGUGUAUCUGCUGGUGCUAACCUGGUGUCUAUACAUGAUGAAAGGCAAUACACAUUCAUCAAGGAGCUGAUCAGAACCUAUGACAUUGCACAGAAAGAUACUUGGAUUGGCUUAUCUGACCAAUACAAGGAGGGUACAUGGUUUUGGACAGAUGGCUCAAGAGUAUCCUACACUAUGUGGGCUACUGGUCAACCAGACCAUACCAAUUGGGUUGGCAGAGGGAGAGAACACUGUGUUGGUACAUAUUACAGAAACAAUGCAUUGUGGAAUGAUUUUCUUUGCAGCCACUACCAUCCAUUCAUCUGUGUCAUGAGGGACUGCAAAUAAAACUGAAAAUCUUUCAGUUCACCUCUUUGGGGGUUCUUGUAGCCAGUGGCGUAUCCAGAACAUUUUUACUGGGGUGGCCAAGAUGGGGCACAUACCUAGUGUGGGGCGGCGAUACCAGGAGAACCUUUAUGAAUGGCACAUGAUCAAAAUGUGUAAAUAUCGCAUUGCUUUGCUUCAACAUCUACACAUGUAGAAUAAAUGAAUUCUUAAAAUCA